AUGGAGGGGACGAUCCGAGAGAUGGAGUUGAGGGGGCGACCGAUCGCGGACUGUAUGGCCGGAGCAUUCCUUCUCCUCCCUUUAUCCCGAAGGCCUCAGUCCGGCCUCCAGAUCUCUGCUUCCGGCGUCGGGCGGCGCUUCGCCUUUGAGUUCGGUUGGCCGCCGGUUUAUCAGAUCAAGAGGAGUUAAUGAAAGGAUAAUAGAAGGGUCCAUAAUAGGGUUUAUUGUUAUGGCACAGGGGAGUUUGUUUCUUAAUAAGCGCCUCCUAAUCUACUCUUAAUUACUAUGAUGCCGACCUCGCACACCGUAUCAGUUUUCCUGUGACUGGAAGGCAGAAGACGGACCCGGACGCCCUCCCCAAUCGUUUUUCGCCAAUUUAAUUUUCGGGUCGUCCGCUCGCCAACGAUCGGUGUUGUGGAGGGACGGAAUGCGGUCGAAUCGUGCGGAGGAAUUGAGGGCUUGAUGAUGAAGACGGCAACGCCCGGAAAACCCACAACACUUCAUGACGAUGCUGGUACGGAGACGGAGAGGCGGGUGAGAAACACACGGAGCAGAGGCCGCGCCAUCACGACGAUUAUCACUGCGAGGUGAUGGAUCGAUCUCGAGCUGGGAGUGAAGAGGCGGAGUUUCCCUCUCCCCCACGGCGCCACCGUGGUCGGGAGGACGUCGCCGAAACUGUUUUCCUGAUCAGCCACGAUCGGGAGUCGCCGCAACUCCCGUCCGUCAAGUCCCUCCCACCUCCCGAAGCCGUCACGAGGCCGCAGGACCUCUCCUCGAAGGUUGAUUUGUCACCGGAGGGGAAGCGACUUAUCGUCCCUCUUAAUGAAAAGACCGUUUGA